AUGAGCGUCGAGUUGAGGCGUUACUCUUCCGACACUGCCAUCUCGUAGAACUUGCAACAUGCCGGCGGAGGUACGCAAUGGCGUCCCAUCGACGGCCAAUGGCACCAAAUACAGGCGCAUAACGCCUCGAGAUCAGCCGGAAAACCCUUUCAUCAAACUCAUUCCUGAUCAAUCGAUUGCCGUCAUACCCAGCUUCGAGCUCGAAUCGGGAGUCGUGCUGCAUAAUGUCCACAUCGCUUACAAGACAUACGGCACGCUGUCGCCGGAAGGAGACAAUGCCAUGGUCAUAUGUCACGCUCUGACGGGUAGUGCAGAUGUGGGAGACUGGUGGGGACCUCUACUGGGUGGACCCGGGGAAGAGGGUAAGGAAGCCAGAGCGUUUGAUCAGUCACGGUUCUUUGUGGUUUGCAUGAACAGCCUAGGAAGUCCUUAUGGGAGUGCUAGUCCUGUGACUGCGAAGGAUGGUGAUCCGGACAACGAGCAUUACGGACCCGAAUUCCCUUUGACUACGAUCAGAGAUGAUGUGAAUAUCUUCAAGUUGUUACUGGAUGAUCUUGGCGUGAAACGGAUCGCUACAGUCAUUGGUGGCUCGAUGGGCGGUAUGCUGGUACUGGAGUUUGCGUACUUCGGCAAGGACUACGUGCGGACUAUCAUACCUAUUGCGACUUCCGCGAGAUAUAGCGCUUGGGGCAUAAGCUGGGGCGAGGCGCAACGGCAGAGCAUCUAUAGCGACCCGAAGUACGACGAUGGCUACUACCCGUUCGAUGACCCGCCCUCGACUGGACUGGGAGCGGCACGCAUGUCUGCACUGCUAACGUACCGCAGUCGAGACUCGUUUGAGACACGCUUUGGCCGUAACAUCCCGGAUGCCUCGCGCAAGCAGAACAUCAACGGUAAUCCACGUCCGCAGACGCCGACAAACGAACACUUCGCGAUACACAACGAAGGACACCGCCACGCUGGCUCGCCACGACCGGGGAAGAGCGGCGACAUGACAUCGUCGGUCGAGUCGCUCGAGGCCCCAAUCGCCACGGUCACGGACCCGCAGUUCCAUGGAGCUACACCAUUGCCCGGCCCUCCGCCGAACAAGAGGCGCAUCACCACCUACUACUCCGCUCAAUCCUACCUCCGCUACCAGGGCGAGAAGUUCAUCAAGCGCUUCGACGCUAACUGCUAUAUUGCCAUCACACGCAAACUCGACACUCACGAUGUCUCGCGCGGCCGAACAGACAACUCCGGCUCACCUUCACAGGAAGAAGUGAAUGCUGCGCUAGCCAUGAUCGAGCAGCCCACGCUUAUCCUGGGCAUACAAUCGGACGGCUUAUUCACGUACGCCGAACAGCAGGAGCUGGCGGCCGCGAUCCCGAAUUGCGAGCUGAAGACCAUUGACAGUCCGGACGGUCACGACGCGUUUCUACUGGAGUUUCGGCAGGUCAAUGCGCUUUUGCUGGAUUUCUUGAAACGCGAGUUACCGGACAUCAUGUCGCGGGAGCCUGUCAACUGGCCGCCGAAGCAGGAGCAGCCGAAGGAGGCGAAGGCGAGUACAUUUGGAGAGGCGGAGGUCGAGGAUAUUACCGCUUGGUGAGCGAGCAUACACAUGCUUUGGAAGACUCGAGGUCCGCCUCUGCGCAGCCAUGGUACGCUGCUUGAUAAGGUCGAUCAAUGUGGAGAAACGCAGCAAGGCAGCCCUUCUACCCCGAGGUGUUCGGCUUUCCACCAAUGAGAACCUUCCGCGACUCUACAACCGCUUACUCCUCUCAUGCUACUCUCGUUGACAAUGACAGCCUGCAUGUAAGUACAAGAGCACAUCACUCCGUCAAGGUAGGUGUGAGACAAAAUUUCCCGCCAUUGUCGUUCGCUCCGUACGGUCGCAAUGCUUCCAUUUCCCGCGCUGAUCAUCAGCGCUUCCAUUCUCGCCACGACUAUCGCCCACCCAGCACUGCACCGGAGUCCGUUCAGUUGGGCAGGCACUAAGUAUCUGAUCGCGUUCGGAGACUCGUAUACCUACGUUCAAGGCACCUCUGGACGUCAG